AUGGGAAGCGAGCUUCCUAUGAUUUUGAUUUUCCAGCUGAGCCCAGCUUGUAACAUUUCCUUUCCAGGUGCCUACCAUGGACUGAUGGAACGCCCCUCAGCCUCCAUGUCUCCCAGCUCAGUCUCUAUUGCUGCCUCACACUUGGCUGCAAUGGAGCUGCCUCCUCCUCAGUUGCUGCCUCAGGUGCCAGUCAAUGAAGGGAAAUUUUCCAUUGGCUUCCUCCAUACAACUUUCCCCCAAACCCCUGAAACCACAGGUUCCUUCCUCUUCCAAGGGGACCCCGACCCAGGCGGGGGUAGUCUUGGUGACACUAAGCACCCACUCUCUGAAUACCCAUGGUUCCAUGGAACCCUGUCCCAUCUCAAAGCUGCCCAGUUGGUGUUGGCAGGAGGAGCAAACAGCCAUGGCAUCUUCCUAGUGUGUCAAAGUGAGACACGGCAGGGUGAAUACGUCCUGACCUUUAACUUCCAGGGGAAAGCCAAGCAUCUGCGUCUGUCCCUGAAUGAAGAAGGGCAGUGGUGUGUUCAGCAUCUCUGGUUCCAGACUAUUUUUGACAUGCUGGAGCACUUCCAGGUCCACCCCAUCCCCCUCGAAUCAGGGGGCUCCAGUGAUGUGACGCUUGUCAGCUACGUGGUUGCUUCACAAAGGCUGCAUGAGCUAAGCAUCUCUCGUAACCUGCCACUGCCACCUCCUCUCCCUCCAGCCUGGUCACCUCAUACUCCUCUGGACCAUGGAUUGCUGGAGUGUAAUGGGCAGACUGAGGAGGAGGAGGCCCAGAUGGAGCCAGAGGUGGAUGAGGGAGCAUCUGUGAGAGUCAGGGGAUCCCUUCCUCUACCAGAGGAGUCAGAAGGGCAAUUCAGGGCUGUGAACAACCAGUACUCAGUUGUUUGA